AUGCGGGAUUUGGAAGUAUUUGUGUCAACCCCUAGUGCCAGUGGCGGCAAAUCACAGCGAUCUGUGCGUAUUGUGUGUACACCUCUGUUUGUACUGUCAAGCGUUUAUUUCACUCAUCUAAUUGUCUGGGCGAUGAUUCCUGUUGUCUCCUCUCUUCUACUUCUCGCCUUUGUGGAGGCAACAGUGGUUGAGGAGGGCGAUUGGCAGGGCAUGACUUCGUAUGUGGUGACGGUGGUACUCAUGGUGCGAGUGUAG